AUGGUUUCAUUUGAUCGAAUUUGGAAGUUAAUCCAGGAAUCUGACAUCACUUUUGGAAGUUUUUUGUUCACCAAAGAGGCUCAAGUAAAAUCACCCUCAGUCAUUGUAAAGCUAUUAAAGCUACAAACGCCUUUAAAUGCAUUUUUAAUUGCGUUUGGUAUGAUUUCAACAGUUGUCAUGACAAAUUUCAACAUUACAAGUGUCAUCUUUUGCCUUACCGUUUCGGUAACAUCUUGUGGCUUUUUCUUAUCAUACUGGAUUCUCAUUAUAUCGAGACAAGGCAUUAAGGAUCUUCUGGAAUGGUGUCGAAAAUUGUAUGACGUCAACAGAAAAUUCCAAGGUGAGGUCAAGGUCAUUGCGGAAAAUCGUCUUGUUCAAACCGAAGCAUUUACUGUAAAAGUUUUCAAAUGGAUUCGUAAUUUACUGCUGUUUAACGGGAUAUUUUGCUGUACCGGAGGAAGUAUAAUUUCAUUCUUUCUACCGGAUGACAUUGUACCAAAAUUCGAAAUACCUGUGCCUUUUAUGCUGCCUUUUCCGGAUCAACAUACUUGGAUUUGCUUCAUCACAAGUGUCGUAGUUUGUCAGAUAGCUUUGGUUUAUAUCGCAUUAGGCAUUAUUUUUUUGAGUUUCCUUUUUCUUUGCAUCACUCUUCACAUUUUGGGAUUUUGUGACGUCAUUUUGGAAUCCAUUGAGGAAAUGAAGAACGAUCUGGAAGCAAGAACUGAAGAAAUUCGUGAAAGUUACGCAGAAACCUCGACAGCAUUACCAUUUUUGCGACAAAAAGUCCCAUUGAACGACAAAAAAUUCGAAAAUUGGAUCAAAUGUAUCACGAGCAUGAUUGUGGAUGUCAAUACAGUGAUCCUAAAAAUGUACAGAAUUUUCACGUAUCUCGCGCUGAUUAUUGAAAUCGUUUCUUUGUCGAAUUUAUUCUUGACUGGAUUGAUAAUUAUCAUUGUAAAGUCACAGUAUUUCUUUGCCGUUUCUGGAAAUGUUUGUUUAGUCAUACUUUUUGGUACUUGUUACAUCAAUGAAGUGAUUCGUGAUAAGUUUGACGAAAUUGAAGAAGCUCUUUAUGACUUGCCAUGGUACGCGAUCGAUGUGAAACAUCAAAAGAUUUUGUUGGUUAUGCUGCAAUGCGAUAAAAUUCAAUUGGGACUCACGGCAGCUGGUAUUCACGAGAUGACAAUUGAACGAUUUGGGACCGUCUUGCAGGCUGGUUACAGUAAUUUGCUCGUUUUAAAGGAUUUUAUUCAUCGUUUCACCUAA